AUGGCACCACCGGAUCCAAACCGUUGGACGUUCACAGACUACGUGUGCUUCCUCCGUAGCCAUGGAUUCCAUAAUCUUGCUGGGCUUGACGAGUUUCUCCAAUGGGGUGUCCAGGCUAGCCGAAUGCCAACGAUGCAGCGGCCUCAGCGAGCAACAGCUAUCCUCCUGGAAUUUGGCACGUCGAGUUUCAGAACGUCGGAUCUUACAGACACAUCGAAACUCAGAGUGCUGUUGAAGGAAUGGACGAGAAGGACGCCUGAAACGCCGCCUACAUCGCCAGCUUCUGGUUCUCAAGGACGAGCUGCUCAGGGGCGGAUCAUUAUGGUCAACAAUAUCAACCCGGAGAUGGUAGACACCCUUGGCAGCCUCCUCAACAUUGAGCCUGCAUUUUUCGCAUCACAUAUUAGUGACUCGGCGACUGGCGGCGCGGGAGAUGGGCACACAGGAUCUCCGUUGGCAUCACAAAACCUGAAGCACCAGAAGAACUUUUUUACAAUCGAAUACCCAUGUACGUUCAUGACGACGAAUUGUGGAAAGGAUGUCGACAUCGAGAAGCUCUACUGCAAGGGAAACUAUCACAGACGAGUGGAAGUUUGUUCGAAACAUGGAAGGCAGAAGGUCGCUGUGGCCCGUCGAAAGAUCUCGUUUUACAUGAAGAAGACUCUGGAUCCCUGGAUAUGCGUUGUGCUUGUUGACCCGCCAAUCUCCUUCUUCACCCUCGGAGCAGAACCAUACGGCGCCUACUCUCCCAGUCAACGUCUUGAGGUUGCUGGUUACCAGGGGGGCUAUCUUGACUUCCGUGAACAAAGGCCACCGUUGAACAAGAACGAUCACGACUAUCGCGCAUGCGGUGCUAGGCCAAUGUGCCCCAACCCUUUUGACGAUCUGUGCCGGCAUUGGCAGAUUAUGGCCCGGGAUGGGCUCCUCAAUCCAGCCGAGCAAAACCUGAUCCAUAUUAUGCGGCCAGCGUUCCAAAUUGCAGCUAGCGAAUACACCAACUUUUUCGACUACAUUCGGUCAACACUGGAGAGUCACCUAAUUUCCACAGCCCUCACAGUCGAUCCCACAAAGACCAAGAGAAUCCUCGACAAGGUGAUUUCGCUCGACUCGAUGCUCAGCAGGUACAAACCUAUCAUGACGCGGAUAAAGACCUACCUCUCCUCAGACUCGGAGUUGAAUGAAGACUACCGCAGUCUCUUGAUUGAUCUGCACCACUAUAGAGCCGAGUGCGACUCGAAAAUGCAGCACAUCCUUGCCGUCUCCCAAUGCCAAGAUACAUCCUCGCUCCGCUCAAUAGAGAUUGAAUCUCAGCGGCAAGCAGACUACUCACGUUACCUGACUAUCAUCGCCCUCAUCUACGCUCCCUUUGCACUGUCAUGUGCAAUAUUUAGCCUACCACACGACUUUGCCCCUGGAGCACAUUAUUUUUACGGGCUUUUGCCUGCGACCGCCGGGGUGGCAAUUGUGUUUUUGUUGCUAGUGUUGCCAGAGGCGAGGGACCCGUUGCCGAGCAUCAUGGCGGUACUUUGCGGGAAGCUCACCAAGAAGAAGCUGCUUGCGAAACCGAGCAGUCGCGGUUCGAGGUCUGGCGGGAUGAGUGAAAAGUUGGAUAUGGAUGAGGUGUAG